AUGUCCCCCCCUGGCUCGGCCGCGGGCGAGAGCGGCGGCGGCGGCGGCGGCGGCGGUGGCGCCCCCGGGGUCCCGGAGGAGCCCACGGCGGCGGCGGCGGCGGACGAGGGCCCCGCCCGAGAGGAGCAGCGUCCCAUCCAGCCCUCUUUCACCAAGUCCCUCUGCCGUGAGUCCCACUGGAAGUGCCUGCUCCUCUCGCUGCUCAUGUACGGCUGCCUGGGGGCCGUGGCCUGGUGCCACGUCACCACGGUGACCCGCCUCACCUUCAGCAGCGCCUACCAGGGCAACAGCCUCAUGUACCACGACAGCCCCUGCUCCAACGGCUAUGUCUACAUCCCCCUGGCCUUCCUGCUCAUGCUGUAUGCUGUCUACCUGGUGGAGUGCUGGCAUUGCCAAGCCCGCCAUGAGCUGCAGCACCGCGUGGAUGUGAGCAGCGUGCGGGAGCGCGUGGGUCGCAUGCAGCAGGCCACGCCCUGUAUCUGGUGGAAGGCCAUCAGCUACCACUAUGUCCGCCGCACCCGCCAGGUCACCCGAUACCGCAAUGGAGAUGCCUACACCACCACCCAGGUCUACCAUGAGCGCGUCAACACGCACGUGGCCGAGGCCGAGUUCGACUACGAGUGCUGUGGCGUCCGCGACGUGUCCAAGGCUCUGGUGGGGCUGGAGGGCGCGCCGGCCACGCGGCUGCGCUUCACCAAGUGCUUCAGCUUCGCCAGCGUGGAGGCCGAGAACGCGUACCUGUGCCAGCGUGCGCGCUUCUUCGCCGAGAACGAAGGCCUGGACGACUACAUGGAGGCGCGCGAAGGCAUGCACCUCAAGAACGUGGACUUCCGCGAAUUCAUGGUGGCCUUCCCCGACCCGGCCAGGCCACCUUGGUACGCCUGCUCGUCGGCCUUCUGGGCUGCGGCGCUGCUCACGCUGUCGUGGCCGCUGCGCGUGCUGGCCGAGUACCGCACGGCCUACGCGCACUACCACGUGGAGAAGCUUUUCGGCCUGGAGGGCCCGAGCUCGGCCGGAGGCAGCGCGGCCGGCGGCCUCAGCCCCAGCGACGAGCUGUUGCCCCCGCUCACGCACCGCCUGCCGCGGGUCAACACGGUGGACAGCACGGAGCUCGAGUGGCACAUCCGUUCCAACCAGCAGCUGGUGCCCAGCUACUCGGAGGCGGUGCUCAUGGACCUGGCGGGGCUGGGCGCGCGCUGUGCUGGGGGCGCGGCGGGCGGCUACGCGCCCACGUGCCGCUACGGUGGGGUGGGUGGCCCAGGCGCAGCGGGCCUGGCCCCGUACCGGCGCAGCUGCGAGCACUGCCAGCGUGCCGUCAGCAGCUCAUCCAUCUUCUCGCGCAGCGCUCUGAGCAUCUGCGCCAGCCCUCGGGCCGGACCGGGGCCCGGCGGCGGGGCGGGCUGCAGCGGCAGCCGCUUCUCCCUAGGCCGCCUCUACGGCUCCCGGCGCAGCUGCCUGUGGCGCAGCCGGAGCGGGAGCGUCAACGAGGCGAGCUGCCCCACCGAGCAGACGCGGCUCUCCAGCCAGGCCAGCAUGGGGGACGACGAGGACGACGAAGACUUGGAGGAGGCCGGGCCGCCGCCGCCCUACCACGACGCCCUCUACUUCCCGGUGCUCAUUGUGCACCGGCAGGAGGGAUGUCUGGGCCACGGCCACCGGCCGCUGCACCGCCACGGCUCCUGCGUAGAGACCUCACUGUGA